AUGGAGGCGCUCCACCAGCUCGAGCGGCGCCUGGACCAGGGGCGGUGCAGGGGGCGGUACACGCGGGACACCGCCGUGUGGUUCCUGCGAGACAGGCGGCUGGACGUCGCAGAGGCUGCCGGGAAGCUGGAGGCCAUGCUGGACUGGCGAGCCCGCAUCGGGGCGGAUGGGCUGGACUGGGCCUCAGUCGCCAAGGAGGCGGCCAGCGGGAAGGUGUACCUGCACCCGCAUCGCGACGUGCUGGGGAGGCCGGUGGUGGUCAUCCACGUCAGGAAGCAUGUCAUGGGUGCGUCCCCCGGCGCUGACAGCCAGCGGCUCUGCGCCUGGAUCCUGGAUGCUGCGCUGGCUGCGCUCCCACCGGGGCAGGAGUGCGUGCUCGGGAUCUUCGACCUCAAGGGCUUCUCCCUGCAGAACGCAGAUCUAGGCUUUGCACGUUUCCUGGUCGAUGCGCUGUUCACUUAUUAUCCCCGGAGACUGGGCCAGGCUGUGCUGGUGGAUCCCCCCUGGGCGUUCCAGCCGGGCUGGUCUGUUGUGAAGCCGUGGCUCGGAAAGUAUGGCGACCUGCCAGCGCUGCAGGCGUGCGCGGAGCUGGGCAUCGGCCUGACGAUGGUGAAGCGCCUGUCCCGGAAGUAUGGGAUCAUGCGCUGGCCCUACCGUAAGAACAGGGCGGAGCGCAGAGUGGCCGGCUGGGACGAACAGCAUGACAUGGCCAACUCUUCUGACCUGGACGUGACAGUCGGUCUGUCUGGGGUGAGCCUCCCCUCCCUGGAGGCCAUGCCUUCCAGCACGCCGGGCUCCGGCGCUGUGCCCGCCCCAGUCGCCCAGGAACCCCGGGCCCAGGGCGAGCUGGUGGACCGCCGGUGGGCCUCCUCCGACUCGUCGCACGUCAACUACCACGCCGUCGCAGCCGCAGCCAGGUCCCCGACCGCCCCCGCCCCCUCCGCGCUGGGCUUCGGCGCGGUGGUGGCCGAGGCACUAGCCCGCGCCCAGCGAGGCGCGCGCCCGGUCGCCCCCCUCAUGACCCAACUGGUGGAUGCCCUGGCCGCCAACCAGGCCGGCCAGGGCUCCGCCGGGCGCAGCCCCUCGCACCAGGCGCCGCCUACGGGCCCGGCGCAGCUGCUGAGGAUCCGCACCGGGGUCACGCCCGCCUCCCCAUUCUUGCCAGACACGGGCACAUGCCCGCUGAGCCUGGGGGCCUCCCAGCCCAGGCCCCGCCCCGCGCCCUUUGGGAGCAGGCGGUCGGCCUUCUCCGCGCUCUCGCUGUGA